UUAGGUUUAAUAUAAUUUUCAUUUAAAGGAUUAGAGUAAGGUUUAUUCAGAACUGUAGAAUAUGUCAUAUAAGAAAUAACAUAAUAGUUGAUACUAAAUUUUUAUAGAUGUCACCUAUUAAAUAAAAGAGACCUGAAAAUUUAUGACUGAGGAAAUUUAGGGAAACCAAAGACCAACGAAGUGAAUGAAGAUGUACCUCAGGAAAUGUGAUAGAUGCAAAAACAGAAAACAAAAAGACUGAGAACCUAAUGUGUUGAAUGACUUGUGAUGAAAGACAGUUAUGAAUGGCUGACCCAAUUCUAUCUAAUACAUAGAGCUCAAAAAGCAAUGAAGUUUUAGUGUUUUCAGUACUAUUCAGAAGAAAUGUUUCUAAUCCUUUUGUAAGUAAAUUCCUACAGUGGUGAUAGACAUCUUAGGAAACAAGAGCCAUCCUUAAUUCUUUGGCUUCUGGAUAAAGGUAACAAAUUUAUCAUGUGUAUUUUUCUUCCAUCUCUCUACAGAUUUCAGCAAAAUAAUCUUAUAAUAAUAGAAAGGGAAAUCUUAUAAUAAUAAAUGGAAAGGGGAAUAAGCAGAUGUGAUAUUUUAAUGAAUUUUUAAGUGACAGAAAGUAGCAAUGAGAAAAAUAUCCCUUAGGAUACCCAGGAAAGGAUUGCAAUGGACGAGAGUGCCGAUAUUCCUGGCAGGGACACAAGGCCCCAAAGGAGCCAAUUCUCAAAGAGAGUAAGAGGAAGAAUAGGGGAAGAGUGCAGAAUAUAGGGGUAUUAACCAAAAUGAAAAAGUCUUCCUAUAAUACAUCAAAGCUAGCCACCUCAUAUACAUCCUUCUCUCUUCCCCAUCUGAAGACUCAGAUCAAGAUUACCUAGCAGUUUACCCCAGUGAAAACUUGUUCAUUCUUCUCUAGAAAGAAAAAGAUUUAGGGCUAUUUAAUUGACUAUUAGCAUCCCAGAGAAAAGUCUUCAUUUUUAUUUGGGACAAGUAGCAUAAAGACAAUCUACCCAUAUAACUACGUAGAAGGCUUUUCUGUUCCCCCAGGAGAAUAUAAUAGUGUGGACCCAUAUAUACAAACACAAUAGCAUAAGAAAUUGAUACUUGCUACCUAAAACAAGCAACCCCAAGGCACUGGAUCUGAUAAACCAGCAGCAUAAAAGAGAAAAGUCAGUAUAAGAAAAAACUGAAUAUAAAAAAUAAAAUAAAAGUCUGAAUAACUGACUCCAGAAGAAAUGUCAUACAUUCAAGUUACAAAAAAAUGAACAAAAAAGAAAGAGCUCAUGGGCAUGAAACAUGAUUGCAAGAGUAAUAGAAACAUUAAUUAUGAAUUACUAAUGUCCCAGGACAUAGACUAGAAAGACAAGAGACAGAAAAUACUAAAAAAAAAAAAGGUGGGGGGGAGAGGGAUAGCCUGGGGAGAAAUGCCAAAUGUGGGUGAAGGGGAGAAGGAAAGAAAAGCACACUGCCAUGUGUGUUCCUAUGCAACUGUCUUACAUGCUCUGCUCAUGUACCCCAAAACCUAAAAUCCAAUAAAAAAUUUAAAAAAAAAGGGGGGGAGAGAUUAAUUAGACAGGUGUGGUAUCCAAUUAGAAAGAGUUUCAAAAAAAUGCUGGGGAGAAAAUUGGGAGAAUAGAUAAUUAAAGAAACUAUACAAGAAAAUUUCUCUGAGCUGAAGGGGGCAUAUAUCUUCAAAUUCAAAAGGUCUCCUAAGUUUAUCACAGAAUUAAUAAAAAAAAAUCUACAUGCAGUAACAUCCUUAUAAAAUUUAGGGACAGGAAGAAUAAUGAUCUCAAAAAAUUACCAGGAAGAAAAUACCAGAAAAGGAAUGGUUGCAGACUUCUCAUCAGCAAUGUUAGAUGAUAUGGAACAAAGAACUAAUACCUUCAGCAAUCAGGUAUGAAUGUAAAAUGAAAAUACUUUCUGACCUGCAAAGACAGAGAAAGCUUACUGCCAAUUAUUACAUGAUUUGGUAGAUACCUGAAUCUGUACAAAAAAAAUGUGAGAAUUGCUUUUGCUUCACAUCCUCACCAAAACUUCUUGUCUUUUGUCUUUUUGACAUAAGCCACCCCGACAGGUAUGAGGUGAUUUCUCACUGUGACUUUGAUUUGCAUUGUUAUGAUGAGUAGUGAUGUUCAGCUUUUUUUCCAUAUAGGUGAUGGCCAUUUGUAUGUCUUCAUUGGAGAUAUGUCUAUUUAGGUCUUUUGCUCAUUUUUCAACUGGGUUGUUUUGUUUUCAUUUGCUUGCUGCUUAAUCAUUAUAUAUUUUAGACAUUAAUCCCUUAUCAGAUUUAGAGUUUGCAAACAUUUCCUUCCAUUCUGUAGGCUUUUUACUCUUACACACUGUUAAACACUUACAUACUUUGUAGAUAGUAGAAAUAAGGUCAAGGGAGCUAUUGUAUAGCAUAGUGACUAUAGUUAAUGACAAUGUGGUGUCUCCUUGAAAAUGCAAAAAGAGUGGAUGUUAAAUGUUCUCACCACAAAAAUAAAAACUGUAUGAGGUAAUACAUUUGUUCAUUAGCUAUAUUUAUUCCACAGUGUAUAUAUACCUUAAAACAUUAUGCUGUACACAAUAUAUAAUAAUUUUUUUAAAAAAUGUUGUGUGAAAACCAGGAGGAGACAAAGCCAUAGAUAUAGUGGAAAAAUAUCCAUCAUCCUACUUAAAUCCCAAGAUGCCAGUAGAACAAUCCAUCAAUAUUGUGAGAGAAUGUGAGUGCACUCAAAGUAAAAAUGUCUUCAAGGAGGAAAAAAAAGAACUCAAAGUGGUACUAGUUAUCUAUUACUGCAAAACUAAUCACCACAAACUUGGUAGCUUAAAACAGCACUCUUACUACUACACAGAAAUCCAGGAAUAGUUUAACUGAAUUGUCUGUCUCAGGGUCUCACUCAAGGCGGCAGUCAAAAUGUUGGGUGAGGGCUGGGGUCUCAGCUGACAGCUCAGUGCAGGAAGGAUCCACUUCCAAGCUCACAUGAUAGUUGGCAGAAUUAGUUCCUUGAGGAAUGUUGUACUGAGGGCCUCAGUUACUAGUGGGCUGUUUGCUAAAGGCUUUGUUUAGUGCUUUGGCACUGGGACCUAAACAAUAUGGCAGCAUGCUUCAUAAAGUGUUCAAGACAAGAAGACAAUAGAGUCUGUUAGGAAGAUCGAAAUUACAAUGCUCUGUAAUUUAGUCACGGCUAUGACAUCCUGUCAGCUUGGCCAUAUUCAAUUGAUUAGAAACAUCACUAAAUAGGCCCACACUCAAGGAGAGGAGAUAACACAAGGGCAUACUACCUACCAGGGCAUGGGAUUCAUUGGAUGCUAUCAGAGUUUUCUUGCCAUAUAAGCAAAAGAUAGAAUGCCUAAUGAUGGAGAUGGUAAAAAAUUUGUAAGAAAUUGGAAGUCUAUGAAGGCAGUAUUAUUUUGAAGAACUGAUGAAGGAUUAGAUCAGAACACUCAUUUAAUAUGAAUGGUCUCCUUUUGUGAGAUAUAAAUGCAAACAUAGCACAUCAUGUGGUGCUGUAGUGGAUGAUAUUUACAUAGUUAUAAUAAUAUAAAUGUUGUUUAUGAAUUUUUAACUUUAUCUGGAAGAUUGAACUAUGGCUAUAACUCAGAACUUACAUAUUUUCAAUCUUGAAAAUACACAAAGUGAAGGUACGGCUCUCUGAAGUUUGGGCAGAGUAACAGGGAUGGGGAGGGGAAGAGCAGCUGAGUCUAAAGUUGGUGGAGCAAGAAAUGUAGACUUAAGUAAACCACUUAAAAGCAGAAAAGUGACUAACAGAAGAACUAAAAUCAUCACAAUUUAGUGAAAGGAGGAGAUAAUACUGAAGAUAAUGAAAUCAAGAUAAAACUUCAUCUAAGUAGACAGCCAAAAGAUUUUUUUUUUUUUUUUGAGAUGGAGUUUCACUGUUGUUGCCCAGGCUGGAGUGCAAUGGGGCCUCAGCUCACUGCAAUCUCUGCCUCCCGGGUUCAAGCGAUUCUCCUGCCUCAGCCUCCCAAGUAGCUGAGAUUGCAGGCAUGUGCCACCAGGCCUAGCUAAUUUUGUAUUUUUAGCAGAGACAGGGAUUCACCACAUUGUUCAGGCUGGUCUCGAACUCCUGACCUUAGGUGAUCCACUUGCCUCAACCUCCCAAAGUUCUGUAAUUACAGGCAUGAGCCACUACCCCUGGCCCCAAAAGAUAUCUUAAAUUGAAAAAAAAAAAAAAAACCACGAACAUAGAUGCAUAAGCAAGUAGCAUAUUAUUUAGAGGCACAGAAGUAUGCACCACCAGAAGAGUUACAACUAAGCAUGGUGGCUGGCAAACUAACGUAAGAAACCUCUGCUUGUUAUUACGUAUCCUCCUAUACUUACACUCUGCUAUUGUAAAGUUAUUUUUCUCACAUUCAUAUAGAAAUGUAGUAGUUUAUAAAAUCUCUUUAUUUGUACAGCAGUCUCAAAAUUACCUGUGAGCUGGGUGUGGUGGCUCACAUUUGUAAACACAGCACUAUGGGAGGUCAAGGCAGGUUGAUCAUGUGAGCUCAGGAGUUCAAAACCAGCUGGCCAACAUGGUGAAACCCCAUCUCUACUGAAACACAAAAAUUAGCUGGGCACAGUGAGGCAUGCCUGUAAUUCCAGCUAUAUGGGAGGCUGAGACAUGAGAAUUGCUUGAACCCAGGAGGUGGAGGUUGCAGUGAGCCAAGAGUGUGCUACAGCAUUCCAGCCUGGACAACAGAGUGAGACUCUGUCUCAAAAAAAUAAAAAUUAAAAAAAGUUACCUGUUGAUCUGCCUAUAGGGAAAACAUGAGCUAAAAAGAAAUGAGAAUCUGAUCUACUGGAAGAUUAUAUUAUUCAUUGAAAGUUAAUUAUUAGUAAAAUCAAUGAUUAUAUUAAUCAUUUCUACUCUCAAUCCAGGUAAGUGUAGUGGAGUUACUGGAAGAAGAGCACUCCUACCAAAAGAAUGAAAUUGAGCUGCUUGACACUCACAGUUAGGACCAGAUCUUCACUCCAGUGGCUAGUCCAAGAUGCAGAGACUCUGAGGUCAGGUUGAGCUUCAACACCUUUCUCUUCCUUUUCCAGCUGUGAUCCUCCCUUUUUGCAAGUGACACAGACCAUGUCUUAUGGCCACUAGAAAUAGGACAGAAGUGACUGAAUUUGUCUUACUGGGCUUGUCCAGCUGGCCAGGGAUGCAGCCAGUUAUUUUUGGUAUUAUCCUUGUCAUGUACUUGGUUGCAGUUAUGGGCAAUGCCCUUUUAGUCACUGUUGCUCGAUCAGACCCCAAGCUUCAGACUCCCAUGUAUUUCCUGCUCAGCCAGCUUUCCUUUAUUGACAUUUUUCUGACAACCAUCACUGUUCCUCAGAUGCUGGUGCACACACUGUCUGUGAAUCAAACUAUCUCCUUUAACUGCUGCAUAAUCCAGCUAUUCUUCUUCAUGGCUGUGGGCAGCAUGGAAGGCCACUUGCUGGCUGCCAUGGCAUAUGAUCGCUAUGUUGCCAUCUGUGAUCCCUUAAGAUACUCUGCCAUUGUCAGCCGUUGCCUCUGUUUGUGCAUAACAUUGACCUCAUGGGUGGUUGUCAGCCUCAACAACCUCCUUUAUAGUGUAUUGGUAAGUCGCUUAACUUUCUGUGGCAACCAGGUCACCCACUUCUUCUGUGAUAUCACUCCCCUGCUGCAGCUCUCCUGUACCCGACCAGUGACCAACGAAAUGCUGAUAUUCACUGAGGGUGUAGCUGUGGUGGUCAGCCCCUUCUUCUUCAUUUUGGGUUCUUAUGCCUGCAUUGGUGUUGCAAUAACCCACAUGCACUCAGUUGCUGCCCUGCGCAAAGCUCUGUCCACUUGUGGCUCCCACAUCCUGGUUGUGCUGCUCCUGUAUGGCUCUGUGAUCCGCAUGUACCUCCGACCAUCCUCCAGCUACAACUUGUACCAGGAUCGCCAAGUAGCCGUCUUCUAUACAGUAGUUACCCCUAUGCUAAAUCCACUAAUCUACAGCCUCAGGAACCAGGAGGUUAAAGGAGCUCUUCUAAGGCUUUUUAGGAAGCUCUGCAUCUCAGAAAACUUUCAACCUUCUUCCCAGGCAAACAGGGAAUGGCGGCACAUCUCCUAAUAUCAAGGAGUUAAGAUCUAACUUGAAAAUGCCUCAAAUAGAUGGGGUAUUACCCUUAAAAAUUGAGGUGAGUCACAUUUCUGGUUGAAUUCCUUUUGGUUGGAUUUGGGAAGAAGCAAGAUAAAUGGUUCAUCUCCUUGUUGUCUGAUGUAGAAUCUCAUAGCAUCAAAACUGAAAAGAUAAAUAUAUAUAUAUAUAUAGAUAGAUAUAUAUAAUAUGUAUAUAUAUAUAAUUUUUUUUAUUGUACUUUAGGUUCUGGGGCACAUGUGCAG